CAUUCCAUAGUUCGUACCAUGUCAUAUUCUAGCGGUAUCUGUAUUCAGUUACCUGCGCCUUAUUUUUUGCUCAGAAACACCUGAUCAAAAGGAUGCAGCCACUGAAAGAGUUGGUCCACGUGAUUUGUCUUCUGACCCUAAAUUCAAGAGGAGCUCAGAGCCAAUCACUUCUCCGCAAAUCUACCUGGCCCAAUUUCGAGGUCACAACUAUUGAGGACCUAGCGGAAGCGGUUGGAACCAAGUGGUCAUCCGUUGAUCACCAUCGGUUUUACUCAACUCUCCAACUACCAUGUUGCUGAACUGCCUUCUGAGAGAUACCCUCGAAUAACGACUAGUCAACGCUACCACAACACUUUCCGCACAACAAUGGCACUGACAGCCGGGCCGGACCCAGACCCAGACCCAGAUCCAGACCCAUCAGUCCGUACAAGCACUGUCCGCAAGCUAGAUUUCGUCCUCCUCCCGUUCCUAUCUCUCCUAUUCCUUGUAAACUCCCUCGACCGCUCCAACAUCGGGAAUGCCGAAACUGCGCAUUUUACUCGUGAUGCUGGUCUGCAGCCUGAAGAUCUGAAUGCGGCGGUUGCAUGGUUUUUUGUCUUCUUUGUUGCUUUACAGCCGGUUGGGGCUGCGGCAGGGAGAAAAUUCGGAAUGAGCAGAUGGGUGCCGAGUGUUAUGACACUUUGGGGAGUUUGCACCUUGUUGCAUAUAUGGGUCCGGCGCAGAUGGCAGCUUAUUAUGUUGAGGGUUAUACUUGGAGUUUUGGAGGCUGGCUUCUACCCAACUGCGGUAUCGUACCUUUCGCUAUUUUAUACCCGUUUUGAGUUUGGGCGUCGACUUGGGCUCUUCUAUGGGUCGUACGGAGUAGCAGGUGCGCUUGGAGGAGUAAUUGCAUUUUUUGUUUUCUCUCAUUUCCCUCCAAGUGAGGACCCCAUCGACGAAAGGAUCACUCCAUCCGACCAAAGAACAUUACGGCCAUGGCAAAUUCUCUUCUUGGUUGAAGGGUGUUUAACUAUCGUAAUUGCAAUAAUGGGAUUUUUCUGGCUACCACGAAGUGCGGGGACGGCAUGGUUUUUGAGCGAAGAAGAGCAAGCGUACGCAGAAAGGCGUAUCCUUAUUGAUCGAGCCCAGGCUGAUUGUCAGAGACAAGAAGCCUUCAAUUCCACAACAUUAUCAGAUGAAUUUGCGGAAGAAGAAACCCUGACUCGCGCCGAUGAUGAACAACGGCGUCGGCUCUUGCCGGAUGAUAUUGGCACUAAAAAACAUCCCCAGAACUUUUCGUCAGAUGCGGGUCUAUCCAAAUCGGAAUUACUGUCCACAGCUCUCUUUCUGCCGCUAAUGCUUCCUAUUCUCCUCCUCAACAUUGCUUCUGCCGUCCCUAACACUGGCUUCUCCGUUUUCCUUCCACUGGUUCUAUCUUCCCUUCAUCUUUCAUCCCCCACCAUCAGCAACCUUCUUACUGCUCCUCCAUUCCUCCUAGCGUCUGUAUUCCUCUAUAUAUUCGGCCAUUGGAGUGAUAAGUCUCGGAAACGCAUCGUUCCAAUAUUAGCAAGCCUCGUGGUGAUAGCUCUCGGCCUUGUUCUUACCGUCGUUUUUUCAUCAUCACCCUCUUCCUCUACAUCACUUUCCCCAACAAGGGCUGUGGCUAUAUAUUUUUCCCUCUGCAUUCUACUGAGCGGAAGUUACAUCCCAAGCCCACUAACUGUAACAUGGCUGGCAAGCAAUAUCCCGAACCCUGGAAAACGAACCAUUAUUCUGGGGAUAAAUGGAUAUGGGAACCUGGCGGGAGUCUUGGCAUCUAUUAUACUCUCUCCGAACUUCCAGAAAGAUUCCUAUCACAUUCCCUUCCUCAUUACAUUGGGCUUGGUGCUGGUCAGUUUCAUUGGAUAUGUGGUGCUCUGGAUCGUGAUCCGUGCGAUCAAUAAUGCUAGGGCCGCAGCGACGCCGCCAGCUACAUCCUUAGAUAUAGAGAUCGAUUAUUCAGGCUCUGGCCGCAGCUUUGGUGUAGGUGGGGCUGAGAAAAUUCCCGCCUUUGCUGUUGUAGGAGGGACAUGGUGGGAUUCGCACGUGAGGUACUGGAUUGGAAGAAGGGUGUUGGGAAUGGAUGAAGAUGACGCCCGUGUUCGACGGGGAGAUGAGAUGCUUACUUUUCAAUAUGGUAUCUGA